UAAGAUUCAUGAAUGCGUUGUGCGCCCAUUAGUGUGUACUGUGCGUUCAUUACUGCUGUAGGGGGUCGGUCACUAGGCAAGGAUAAUAUAGACUGUUAUAGUAGCUAGGCCACUCCGCAUGUUUCCAUAAAAAUAAUAUCAAAUGGCUUACAUGUGGGGGUUUUGUUACUUAAUUCUGUUGUCAAGGAUUACAAAAGUAUAACAUUAGACAAAGAUAACCGCAAUUUUCAAGGUUAAUUCCUUAGAUCGAGACUAAUUAAACAAGAUUGACGCCCAGUGGAUUAAACUGUCAUAACAGUUUGUUCUUUUUAUACGUGGUGUUUGUUUGCAUGUUCAUAGAAAUGGUUCAAGCGCUUUAGAAAUGUCUAUUUACAUAUGUUCUAAACCUCAACUUGAGUAAUUUGUUUUUGUCAUAGAAUGUGCUUAUCCAGUGUUAUUUACAGUAGUUGUUUAAUUCUAGCUACUUAUCACACUUUCCCGCAACUGAAUACAAUUCAACUCCUUUCUGUAAACUUGUUAUUUUAUAUGUUGCCAAUGGCCUUGACGUUUUGUAGGGAAUGUACAGUUUUAUGGUGUUGACCGCUGAAGGUAUAGGUGGGCAGAGGUGUCAAAAGUAAAUUAGCUAAGACCAGGCUUGGUAAAGCCAUGUUGCCUGGUAAAGCCGGUAUCAGUGACUAUCGUCCCAGAGAGGUCUUCACAUCACCAGGACAAUCUGCCCAAGCUGCCCGUGCCUCCAUUGAGGCAGACAUUUGAGCGCUACCUGUUGAUGCUGGAGCCCCUGGUUAGUGAGGAGGAACUGGAUCACACACGCAAGCUUGUCAAGGAGUUUCUUACUCCUGGUGGGGUAGGAGACCGGUUGCAGAGAAGCCUGGAGCGCAGAGCCAGCAACAAAGAAAACUGGCUCACAGAGUGGUGGAUGCAGUCAGCCUAUUUGGAUUCCCGGAUGCCUGUGGCAGUUUAUUCCAGUCCUGGGGUGGUUCUGCCUCGCAUGACCUUCCAAGAUCGCCAAGGACAAAUGAGGUUUGCUGCAAAAUUAAUUGCAGGGGUUUUGGACUUCAAACAAAUGAUUGACAGUGAGACCCUGCCUAUUGAGUAUUUGGGUGGGAAGCCCCUUUGUAUGGACCAAUACUACCAGAUCCUGUCCUCCUGUCGUAUCCCCGGACCAAAGAGAGACACUGUGGUCAAUCAUGCUAUUGGGAAAGUGGCCCCAACUCACAUCACUGUGGUCCAUAACUUACAGUUCUUUGUUCUGAAUGUGUAUAACAGCGACGGAUCACCGUUGACGGUGGACCAGAUCUACAUGCAGCUGGAGAAGAUCUGGAACUCGUCCCUGCAGAGCAACAAGGAGCCUAUCGGGAUCCUGACCUCCCAGCACCGCAACACCUGGGGCAAGGCCUACAACAACCUCAUUAAGGACAAGACAAAUAAGGAGUCGGUCCGUGCUAUCCAGAAGAGCAUCUUCUUGGUUUGUCUAGACGCACCCAUGCCGCAGAUUUCGGAGCAGCGGUACCAGAGCCGCGUUGCUGCCCAGAUGCUACAUGGUGGUGGGAGCCGGUGGAACAGUGGCAACCGCUGGUUUGAUAAGACGUUACAGUUUAUUGUGGGGGAAGAUGGUACCUGUGGCCUGGUGUAUGAACAUGCCCCAGCUGAAGGCCCACCCAUUGUGUUUUUGGUGGACCAUGUUGUUGAAUACAUGCAGAGGAUGGAAGUAGUGCGUGCUCCCAUGAUCCCUCUGCCCAUGCCUCCCAAACUGCGUUUCAACAUUACACCUGAGGUCAAAAAGGAUAUUGAGUCAGCUAAGCAGGAUAUGAACAUAAUGGUGCACGACUUGGAUGUGAAUGUGGUGCUGUUUUCUGACUAUGGAAGAAAUGUACCAAAGGCACAUGACCUAAGUCCAGAUGCCUUCAUACAGAUGGCUCUACAGCUUGCUUACUUCCGAAUGUAUAAGAUGUGCUGUUCCACCUAUGAGACUGCAUCCUUGCGUAUGUUUGCGCUUGGUCGGACAGACACCAUUCGCUCCUGCUCUAACGAGUCUCUGAAAUUUGUCCAGGCCAUGGACGACCCAGUUAAACCAAACACAGAGAAGGUGGCUCUAUUGGACAAGGCAUGCCAAGCCCACAGAGAAUACACUCGUAUGGCGAUUCAUGGCCAGGCCAUAGACAGACAUCUUCUUGGCCUGAAGUUACAGGCGAUUGAAGAACUUGCAUCCAUGCCAGAGAUAUUCAUGGAUACAGCCUAUGCUGUGGCUGAGCACUUUAAUCUCUCCACCAGCCAGGCUGGUGCAAAGACAGACUGUGUAAUGUGCUUCGGCCCGAUGGUGCCAGAUGGCUACGGAGUUUGUUACAACCCUAUGGCAGACCACAUUAACAUUGCCAUCACAGCAUUAAAUAGCUGUGAAGAGACCCAUGCAGCGAAUUUUGGCCGGGCUGUGAAGAAGGCUCUCAGAGACAUGAGGUCUCUGCUGGGGGAGACUGCUAUGGCCAAGCAGUAAUGCCCCACAUGCAUGGCUCCUCUGUAGGGCUCUGUGGAACGGAACCUGCGCUGGAGAUAGUGGGGGAAACUAUUGUUUAUCUAGUGCUGUAACGUUGAGAGAGGAGAAGCCCUAUGCACUGGCAACCAAGCCUUGGAAGCUUUUGGGCCCUUCAGGUAGACUUGAUAUGAGUGUGGGAAAGGAAGUCCUGUAAUAGCCAAAUGGGCCUUAAGCGGAAAGCAAGUAUGACACGACGGAAAGUUGUACAUUUCAUGCUGAGUGGAUCCCUUUCCAGAUUGGAAGUGCCUUACUAUGUCAAAGAAAGAUCCACACCGGAUCAUGACACAGACUUAACUGGAUGUUUUAUUUUUCAAUGUUGACAUGCUAGUGCUGUCUAAAAUGAAUGUGUGUGUGUUGUGCUUACCUACAUAUGCUGUUUCAUACAUAGGAAAUAAUGAGUUCAAACAGUUAUACAUUGUUUUAGUAAUGAAACUCAUCAUACUGUAAUGAUGUGGCAUAAUAACAAAUUGCUCAGUGGUUCUGCAGGUAUUUCGGUAUGAAAUCUUUCUAUACAGCUAAGAAAAUAAAAUUGAAAAGAGACUUGAUUAUUUUUUA